AGUGGUAGGAUAAAAAGGACGACGUUUGCGACGGCGUUCCUGCUUCGUUGGUUGAACGUUCGAGGCCCCGUUGCGUUCGUCCACAAAACAAGAAACGUAUCAUGCGCUACGCUUUGGUGGUCGCCGUUGUGGUCAGUGUCGGCCUGGUCUGGCCUGAAUGUGGCAGCACAAGCCGCGUGAAAAAAGCAAAGAUGGGUCGUCGUCUUCGGAGUACAGACACUGCAACCUUUCUGGUGGUCGAGUUCAGCGAGGUUGAGGCUGUUCGCUCGCACAACAAAACAGGUGUGGUGAUCGAUGUGCGUGAGCCCGAAGAGCUGGAAACGGAUGGCCGGAUCCCGAAUUUUCACAACAUUCCCCUGAAAUCAAUACCGGAGGCCUUUGAGUUGGAGCCCAAGGAAUUUGAGACGAAAUACAACUUUAGCAAGCCCGAGGCAGACGACGUGAUCAUCUUCUCGUGCCGCUCUGGAAGGAGGGCUCUGUUGGCAGCUCAGAGACUUGACAAGCUCCAAAAGUACCGCAAGUAUGUUGUGCAAUCACUCUGCCCGGUCCAACGCAGUGCACCGUCCUUAUGGGUUAGCUCGCACAUCCGUGUUUUUUGAGUGG